CCAUAAACAAUAUCGUUUCACAAGGUAACAGGUACUUGAUUUUUUGUUGCAUCGUUCAUGUCUCUUUCCUGCUAAAAUUCACUAUUUUUACCGCGUGUUUCCCAAAAAAAAAUUAUACAACAAUAAACUAUACACCCCAUUACAUUAUCAAAUUUCAUACCUCACCUUCCUCCGACCAACUGGCCGGGGCACACGCUAGUGGAUUUAUAAUCACUAUCCUCUCCCACUCGUUGUAGACUCGUAGUUUCUUUAUAGAUUGGAAAUAGAUAACUCAUGUUUUUUAUUUCUUACCAAGUAAAGUGAUAUAUUACUAAUUAUGAUAAUCAAUUCUUUGAUUCUACAAAUAUAUAAUCAUGGAAACUUUGUUCCCUUAUCUUUUAGCAAAUUGCAAUAGUAAUUAAGGUACUACUUCCCACUAUAUAUAAGAGUGGAAGGUGGAGUCGGAAAAAGAGUGGAACCAAAGAGUUGGGAAUUUGAAGGGGGGGAAAAUCGAGAUAUUAUUAUGGAGCCGGGCAAGAGGAGAGGGCCAAUGAUGAGUUUGGUGUUGGUGUUCUUAAUGGUGACCGCUGAAAUGACGAUGGAUGCUGCUGCGGACAAAUUCACUGACUGUUACAAUGCAUGUGUGAAGGAUUGUGAGAGUAAAGGGGGAAGCGGAGAAGUUUGCAUUAGGGUGUGCGUGUUACAGUGUAUAAAACCAACAACAAUACAAUCGUCAUUGAUACACAACAAGAACCACCACCAAUAAGCAAGCUGAUAACGGACUUCAUUAUUUAUUUACGUAUCUUUUGUCUCAUUUCUCUACACCAAGGAUGAAAUCCUUUUAAUAAUAAUAAUAAUAAUGUUGUUUUUUUACAAUAUAUAAUUUCCAUUCAAAUCAACUAUAGGAGUACAAGCCAAACCGAGUUACAAGAUCGGAUUUAAAAAUUAAAAUGUCAAGCACUUGGAUCCAUUGUUGAGGGAGAGAUCCAUUUGGCGCUCCCUUAGCCAACCAAUCUGCACUUUUGUUAGUAGAUCUUGGUGUGAAGAAGAUACUGACUCACUCCUACUGUCACUCUAGAAAAUGGCCAAGUGUAACCACUUCCUAAAGCGUAGUAUAGCGGGUUUGGGUUUUAAUGUCAACCCGGUCCUAGAUGUGAUGACUACUCAGCGAAUUCUUAUUAUUUAGCGGUGAAACUUUAGUGCAAGUUCAAACAAACAAACAAACAAACAAGUAAAGCAAGCAAUUAAACGGUUGUAUUCAAGUCGAGAGAGGUCACCCGGAUAUGGUUCCCCCUAGACUGCAGUUAAGCCUGAUUGUAAUUUACCAAGUUCACUUUUAAUGAUAGUUAUACUGCGGGAGGUUCUUAAAAAGUCUGAAGUCUCGACUAAAGGUCUCCAGACCCUCUCAAUCUGAGUCCCCAGCGGGCGACUAACCUCCACCGGAGUAAACAGAUUGAGGCCCUAACGAACCAAACCUCCACUACCGAAGUAAAUUCGGUACAAAAUAGUGAACUGGCUCCUCGACUAAAGUCGUCAAUUCACUACCUUCAAUUAAGGGUGCUCUAUUAACCUAGGCAGAUAUUCUCUUUCUAGGCUAAAGCAGAAAUAACUGGAAUUUGAUCAGGAUUCAAGUCAUUCAAUCAUUCAAGCCUCAAUUGAGUAUAAUCAAAUCAUAAAAUCUGUACUUGGGUUCAUACAAUCAGACCUAACAUACAAAUCUAGGGUUCUCCAUAACCAGAUGAAUGGGAAAACUACUCCAUGGAGAGAGAAGCAAAAGCAGAUUCAGAUGCGGAAACCAUACUGUGAAGGAUGGGUUUCUGCUCCUGGUCGUCAAUCGGCACUUCUCCAAGCUCAAGCCGGGCUCCAAUGGUGAUGAAGAUCAAGCUAGGGCACUUGGGAACUCUGGUUCGUCACUUUCUCUCUCUAAGUAUCCCUCUGUCUCUCUAAAACUCGGAACUCCCUUCUCCUUUAGCUCAAAUCUGCCUAAAAGGCCAACCCUGGGCAAAACACGGUCGAGGGCACGGCCGUGCUUUGGUUUUGCCCGCCCGUGUUUUGCCCCGUGUUAAAACACGCCCGCGUCGGCCAAAACACGGUCGUGCCUAAAUAUGGACACGACCGUGUUUUGAUUUAGGCAAGCCCGUGUUUUGCUUUUCCAUCAGUUCAGCUCUCGGCAAUAAAAACACUGGCGUGCCUGUUUGUGUACACGGUCGUAUUUUGGUUUAGGCCAGCCCGUGCUUUAGCCCCAGCUCGACCGAAUGACUUUCAAAUGCCCCGAAACUCGUGCUUAGCCUUUCCUUCGACGUCUGGGACCUGAAAUAUGACAAAGUAGCACAAACCGGCGUAAAACGGGCCAAAAAUACACGACUACUCGCCGCAAACGGAUAAGAACUAAGGGUGCAAACUUGUGCAAAUAAAUCGUUAUCAGAUACUCAAUCCGAUAUGCGUCUGAAGGAGAAAGCAAAUCCUCUGAAUCCAUGCUCUAACUUGCCAGGGACCAACUUUUUGCGGAUCCUGAACAAUCUCGACAAGCACUUUGCAGUCCGAGAAGAUUGAAGUAGGACCGUGAAGGGAGGCUGCCAUUCUCACAGCAGUCAACAAGGCUUUAGCUUCCGCAACUAUCACUGAAGAACAGAAAAAGGUCCCAGCACUACCAUCCACAAUUUGCCCAUGGGGUUUUUUUAUGAUGACCCCAUAUGCCGCCACAUGUGAUUCCGAUCUGAAGGAUCUAUCACAGUGAACUACCCAUUGGGAAGAACUAGGCGGUAGAUUAAGUGUAGAAUGGUCAGAGAUGUGCUGGGAAUGGGAUACGAGGACCGAUUAGACAAGGCGGGGAGGAGUAGUUCAUAAAGUGAAGUCCCUAAUCGCAUUUGUUGAAGUCACUGUUGUUCUGGGGAUGACACCUUUGAAGACUCUCUCAUUUCUAGUCGUGUCUUUUAUUCAUUUAUUCAUUUAUGAUGUUAUUCAUUUUUCUAAGUUCAUGGUCAUAAUUUAUUAUUAGAAUUGAUAACGCUUUAACUCACAUACAUUGCUUCUCAUUUAAUAUAUUUUUAUUUCUAAAAUAAUGAAGACUAACCAAAGAAACUAAAUGAAUAUGAAUAAGAAAUUAUACAAAUUAAUUGUUGUAACUAUACAUGGAUUGCUCUCCUAAAAUAUCCUUUUCCAUAAUUUCCGGGGUGGAUGGGAGUGAGUUCUCAAUAUUCGUAACUAUACAUGGAUUGCUCUCCUAAAAGAUCCUUUCUCCACAAUUACUGACGACCAUGAAUGUAAAAAAAAAAACCUCUAGGUUAAAUGAAACCCUAGAACCUUUGUUUUUUUAUAAUGGUGAUCACUGCAUUAAGAAACCAAACAAAAAGGUCCAAAAAAAUGAACAAACACAAAGGAAACAAAACAGCCAGCACAAGAGGUGCGAGUGGCGAGAGGAGCUGGGCGAAGCGAGAAGCCCCUGCCCCAAAGCACAAAAAACAGAACAAAAAAAAAAGGAACGAAAGGAGGAAAACCAGACAACCAAAACAACUAGAGCAGACAACAAGGAACCAGCCUACAACAUCCCCGAAACCAAUCUGCCCAAAAAAGAAACGUUGUACGACAACUGUCUACGACUCAAGCUAGGUCUCAGUCAUUGAACUCUGUUGAUCUUUCCGUGCGCCACAAGCCAUUCGUCAAUCAAGAAAACCGCCUUUUGAUAGACCAAGGAUAUUGGGAGAGCACCCUCGUUGAACAUACGGUGAUUCAUUUCGAGCCACACCUGCCAGCAAAUCGAAUGAAGAACACAAUACACAAUCCAUCCAUGCGGAUCAGAAGGGCAAUCAACCUUCCAUAUGCGG